CAUGUGGGUAGAAGCAAAGUAUUGGUCUUUGUCUUCUCCAUCAUGUUAAUGGAGCUUUCUUUCAACACAUACGAAACCAUAACAUUUAUUUCUCCUCCUUUACAAUCUCUUAACUUUAAUUCCAACUCUCUCUUCUUCUCCCCUCGUCGCUUAACCUUGUACGGCGGCCGAGUCUCUGUCUCCGCCUCGUUUCACCGCGGAGAGUCCAAACCUAGCUCUGAUUCUCCGCAGACAAACCACGAUGACCAGCUCUCCCUCGCGCAGGUCUCCAUUUCAGUGUUUCUCCGACAAGAGAUUGGACUGUCCGAAGCCGAUUCGGUUUAUGUUUCCGAGAAUUGUCCAAAGUACACGAGGAUGAUCGUGGAGGGUGUUAGGGAUUUGGAGGAGUGGGACUCGUGGAAAGGGAACGAGGGUUUAGGGUUUAGUGAGAAAGUGGUUUACAUGGUGAAGCAGAAGGGUGACGGUGGUGGUAAAGUUGCCUUCUUGGAGAGUCUUGGUUUGAGUUUGUCUUCUGCUAUGUACUUGGCUCACUACGUUUCCUCUGAAACACUUCCAAAGCUUCUCGAUAAGGUUAAGUACCUGAAGGAAAUAUUCUUUUCUGGCAGUGAUGAGAAUGGUCUUGUUGGAGCCUAUGCACGGCGAAUGAUGCUCUACUUAUCUAUUCCCAUUGAUGAAGAUGUGCAGCAAACUCUAUCUUUUUUCGAAAAGAUUGAAGCAAGGCGUGGAGGCUUGGACAUGCUAGGCUCUGUAGACGCGUCUUUCAGGUUUUUGAUAGAGUCGUUCCCUCGGCUUCUUCUACUUUCAGAAGAGAAUGAUAUGAAGCCUUUGAUAGAGUUUCUCGAAAGCAUUGGUGUUCCUAAAGAUUCCUUGGGGAAGGUGCUUUUAUUGUACCCUCCUGUCAUGCUUAGCAAAGCUGAGGAGAUGAAAAUAAGGGUAGCCGCAGCUCUGGAGAAGGUUAGUGUGGUGAAUAAAGAUUCUGGAAAAGUGCUGAUGAAGUAUCCGUGGAUUCUUUCACCUAGCAUACAAGAAAACUAUUCACGUAUCGUCUCGUUGCUAGAGAGUGAAUCGGUGCUCAAAACGGAUAUUGACCAUGCUAUAAGGAGAUGGCCUUUACUCCUCGGUUGCUCAACGAGCAACAUGAAGCUGAUGAUAAAGGAAUUUGAUAAACUAGGUGUUAGAAACAAAAGAAUGGGAAAGGUUAUACCCAAGAGGCCUCAGCUUUUGUUAUAUAAACCACAAGAGUUUCUCAAGGUUGUUGCCUUUCUGGAAGAUUUUGGGUUUCAAAAGGAGAUCAUCGGUCAAAUACUAUGUAGAUGCCCUGAGAUAUUUGGCUGCAGCAUUGACAAAACUCUGCAGAAGAAGCUCGGCUUUCUCACUCGUUUCGGUGUUUCCACUACUCAUUUCCCAAGAAUCGUAAAGAAGUACCCGGAGUUUCUCUUAUACGACGCAGAGAAGACAGUGCUUCCUCGGCUUAAGUACCUGAUGGAGAUUGGGAUAUCAGAGAGGGAGAUUGCCUUCAUGAUACGUAAAUUUUCACCGUUGUUAGGAUACAGCGUCGACAACGUGCUUAGACCCAAGUUAGAGUUUCUGGUGAAGAGCAUGGAGAAACCGGUUAGAGAGGUAAUAGAUUACCCGAGGUACUUUAGUUACUCUCUGGAGAAGAGGAUAAAACCGCGGUUUUGGGUACUCAAAGGGAGGAACAUAGAAUGUACAUUACAGGAAAUGUUAGGUAAAAAUGAUGAAGAGUUUGCUGCUGAUUUCUUGGGUUUAGGAGAGCUUCAUCAAACUCACAAUGAAACCUCUUAGGGGAUUAUUAUAUAGGCUACAAGUUCCUUUGAUCACUAUGUUAUGAGUCUUGGUGAUGUCUCUGGAGCUUCUUCAGUUUUGUUUGUUUUGUAUUUGUUCAUAUAGUUGCUAGUGUAUUUUUCACUUGUACUGUUCUUGUGUACAAGUGUGUGUUUUGUUUUGUGGCUAUUAAUGCUAAGUUCUUACUCACUGAAAUUAUUAAAAGUUGUACCUCUCUUA